AACAGCCCGGCAGGCGGGCGGGGAGCGACAGGGCCGGCGGCUCGGCACGGCUCGGCACGGCUCGGCACGACACGACACACCCCGCCGCCGCUAUGGUGUCCCCCGUCACCGUGGUGAAGAGUGAAGGCCCCAAACUUGUGCCCUUCUUUAAAGCAACUUGUGUCUAUUUUGUCCUCUGGCUGCCAACUUCCAGCCCUUCCUGGUUCAGUGCCCUCAUCAAAUGUUUGCCCAUCUUCUGCCUGUGGGUUUUCCUUCUGGCUCAUGGAAUUAAUUUUUUAGUGGCACAUCGGAGCGCCAGCCGCAUCCUAGCAGGACUGAUAUUCUCAGCAGUGGGAGAUGCCUUCCUCAUCUGGCAGGAGCAGGGCUACUUCAUUCAUGGUCUGCUGAUGUUCGCCAUCACACACAUCCUGUACUCCUCAGCCUUUGGCAUGAAGCCUUUGGACCUGAAAGCCGGCUUGAUGAUGGGCCUCAUUUCCAGCUCCUGUUACGCCUUCCUGUACUCCUACCUCUCGGGCCCAUUCACCUACCUGGUAGCUGUCUACAUCGCCUUGAUUGGCUUCAUGGGCUGGCGAGCGGUCGCUGGCAUGCAGCUGUGCAAUGACCUCUGGACGUGGACCAAGCUCUCGGCCUGCAUUGGAGCAAUGCUUUUCAUGGUGUCAGAUCUGACCAUCGCAGUUAACAAGUUCUGCUUUCCCGUACCCUACUCGCGUGUUAUCAUCAUGGCUACUUACUAUGCAGCUCAAAUGCUUAUUGCACUGUCAGCUGUAGAGAGCAGAGAUGAAGAGGACUUCAAAAAGAGGAGCUAGGUGGAGUGCCAACAGUCUGUGAACAGUAUGGGUUAUAUCUCAGGUGCUGUAGCUGCAUUCACCCCUGAGAGAGAUCUCCAUUUCUCUAGGCAUAUUGGUGAUGUUGAUUUUGCUUCUUUGAAGCAUUACCCUUAGGGCUUUAUUUUCAAUGGCUUUCUCUGAAUAUAGCUUACUUCAGUGUGGAGUCCAUGUUGGAAAGCUUAAGAUUGUCCCUGCAGUAGCUGCUCAUCCAAUUUUUCCACCUUGGAAGUGCUGUACUACUGCACUUUAUUUGUUAGUCUUGAAACUGAUGCUGAAUGUCUGGGAAUAGGAGGUGCAAUGGACAAGUUUGGCCACACACUGUGCUAGGAGGCUUGCUUUCAAUUGUAGGCAGACAGGCACAGACUCUGCUAAAGCCAUAGGUAAAGAUGAGUUUAACCAGUGUUUAAGUUAGCCUGUUCUUGUGCAUUACAAAUUCAAUACACAAACUGGAGCUAUUUGAGCCUCUGCUGAAAGGAAGCCUGUAGCUAUAGUAAAAACAUCACAUUCAGAUGAGAGCUGAGCUUUGGAGUCAACAGCAGUAUGUUGGGCAGCCCCUAGCAGAACCUGAAUGAGAGCCAAACACCGAGCAGAGAGCCCAGCAUGAGGUACACAGAGAUGAAGUGCUUGUGUGCCUCGAUAGCUGCUGAUCAAAGCUCUAGAGCAGGUCUAUGGACAGCUGCCAGCAUUGCCACGUGCAGCAGAAAUUGUAGCUUGGUGGGCUUUUAGGGUCAUCCAGGUAGACAAACCAGUGCAUUCUCCUCUGCUACAUUUGUACAAUCACACAGUGUCAGCAGCCAUCAGUGACAGCAUGGGCACACGAGGAUCUUUGGUUUCUGUAGCAGGAGUUGGAGGGUGUAUGUUACUAACGUGUGUCCUAUUUGUCUGUGGAACAGCAGAUAGGAAUCUAACAUUUACAGCUUUCUUUCUCAGUAUUCUAACAAAUAACAUUCCAUAUACUCAUGAAACUUUCCUGUCCUGCUGCUUGCAGCGCCUUUUCUGAAUGUGUGAGCAUUUCCCAUGUCUGAACUGGUUAGUCGGGGCCCUGAUUUUGACUGUAGAUCGUUGUCAUGUUUUGCCAGCUGGUGGCAGAUGUUCAGCUUUGCAGCACUUGUGUUUGGAGACCCUUUUUUAGCAGAGCAUCCUGAAAAGCACAGUUCUCUGUGUUCAAAGUGCCUGCCGCUUCCUUCUUGAACUCACAGCAGGAAUGCAGGAAAGCCUGUUUAAUUCUGACCCAAAUUCUUUACUUGGUUUUUCUGCCCAUCUGCUGAAGCAAGAUUACUUCUGACUUCACUCUCUUAAAAAGAUGAGAAAGAUGUUGCCCUGUUUUGUUUUGUUUUUUUUUUCUAAAUACGACUGCUUUUAUUUUCUCCUCUUAUUUAGGACAUCUGACAGCAAGCUACAUUUCCAUUUGAAUCUCUCUCCAACCUGCUCUUUCCCUCUGACCAUCCUAAGGUUGCUACUAUGGGUGGAGAUGCUCUCCUAGUUGUUUUAAAGACACAACAAGCUCAUUCAGCUGCAAAGGAAGUUUCUAAGGGUUCCUGCAUAUCUUCAACCUGUGGCCAAAAAGGGAUGACCCAAAUCCAUGCAGGUCCUAAUAAACCCUUGCAUACUUUUGUAUGGCAGAGUGAACAGGAGGGGCAGCUUCCAGAUUGUCCUCGUGGGUUGAAAACCACCACGGUCGCCAUACCUCGCAUGCUCAGAACAUUCCAGGCAAAAGCCUGUCACUGAGUCCCUGGCACCAUCAACAGAGCAGGAAUUCCUCUUUCCAAGGAGGGCAGCUGGGGUCAGGGGCAGCUGAGGAAACAUCCUUAGCUUUUCUGUUGGUGCUGAGAGGUGUUAAGUGGCUCUCCUGUUCCUCUCCAGCCUUCUGUGUUGGGACUGGGUGUUGAACAGGCAUUGCCUCCCCACAGUUGGUGCAUCUGCGCCAAUGCAACCAGUAUUACAAAAAUCUAGGUUAACCAUCCUGACCCCAUGGAAUCAUCUACUGCUUUUCAGAGAGAUCAGAAAGGUCAGCUGCGUUGUUGAGAGGGAAAGAAUUCUAAAUAGCCCAGUCCAGUUUAAUCUCUUCCCUUUAAUGCUGUUGUGUAAUACUGUCAGUAUUUAUUCACCAGUGUGCUGGGGUCUGCCUGGAGUAAACUGCUAAGGGAAUUUAGAACCAUAAAACAUCUUCAUUCAUCAGCAUUGCUUAUCUCCUGGCCGCAGCUUGAACCCUGCAGUGCAGCUCUUUGCAGAUAUCAGCUGCUGUUACUAAGCUUAACUGCUUGCAAAUCGCUUUCUGCAGAAGACUGCCAAGAGAAAAUGUAAGCAUUUGGGGUGAACCCCACCAUUCUUCCAGCACAUCAGAGCAUGUUUCAGUCUGGGUCAGUUCAGUACACUCAAUCCUUAUUCUGGCAGUUCUUCAGAGAAACUCCCUGCACCCUGAGCUUCCCAGAUGACCUCAAGCAGUCUCUUCCAACCUCAGCCAUUCUGUGAUUCUUUGAUUUAAAAGUUAGAAUUUCAAUCCGAACCAUUAUCUCUUUCUUUCUCUUUAAAAAUGAGCAAUCUUCAGUUUACAGAAGACAGCUGAUUUGCAUUUCUGCAUGCUUCUUCUUCUUGGCUUUCUUUGCCAUCCUGCUCCACUUUCAGGCACUGUACACUUGCAAAAAAGGACCUUUUAAGUGUAAGUUGGAGACCUGCUCUCUCUUCUUCUCUGGCUGUCAGAAGUGCAACUUCUGGAUACAGAGGUGUGUGGAUGGCUUUAAUUAGGACGGCAGAAACACGUGUCACCCAAGUGGGCUGUUGUCCCCUUACCGUCAGUGGCUGGCUGAGAUGCAGCCUUUGAAGCAUCAGCAUUGGCUUGCCCAGGAACAUGAGGUAGAGCCCUCAGCUUACAAAGCACAGAAGAGUCCUGCCUGACUAAGAGCCAGCAAAGGCUCUUAAUCUCCAAAAUCUCUCUCCUGCUUUGCAUUCUCUACUUUUCAUCCUUAUUACUUGAACGAGACCAUUUUCCUGGAAGGUGUCCUUCCUGCUAGGAAGGGCCCACCUGAGGCCAAAUGAGGACACUCAUUUGACACAGUUUUCAGAGUUUCUGAAACCCUGAGAAACACUGAACAGUUGCUCGCAUUCUGCUGAAUACCUUUUCUUGGGAUUAAAACUCUUCUCUUAACCCAAGCAAAGGCAGUCUUCAUUAUGAAAGGGAACAAACAGAAAGUGGGAAGCACAUGAUUGUCUGUGACACUGCCUGUCAUUUGUGCGUCUCUGCACUGUAAAACUGCAUUGAGCCAUUCUUCUUAUCAGGAGUGCAGUGUUUAAGAAACACCCACUCUUCACCCCAGGGACACUACAGAGGGAGUGAAGCACCCCAAUGGUGCAGCAUGCCUGGUGGCCCCAACAGUAUCAGCUCCAGGGCUUAAGUUCUGAGGUGUUUCUUUACACAAUGCUGUUCUCAAAGGUUCCUCUGCAGUUCCCAUCUAAAGCUGCUUGAGGCUAUGCACAUGGUACAAUUCCUCUUGUUCUCUUGUAUUAGAUCAUAGUUAUCUUUAGGUCUUUAAUUGGAUAUAUGGAAAAUACAUUUCAGCUGAACUUCUCUUCCUGGUGGUAGAUCCUCCUUUGUCCUUGCUCACACAGAACACCCACUGAAGCUGAAGAAGCAUUCCUAUUGCAGUGGGGUUUUAAAUGCUAAUAACGUAUCAGGCUGUGAAAGUUACACUGACGUCAACAGGGUGAAGCUAAUUUAGAAAUGGCAGGUUGAGGAGAACAAAGCCAGAGGAUAUAAACAGCUUUACUCUUCUGCUGCCUACAUACUCAUGCUUAAUACUUGGCUUCUUACUCCUUCACACUGAGGCAACUGUAAGACUGAUUGUUUUAAGAAUUACUCUAGCUUUUAAAUAGAUUGCUGAAACUUUCAUACUGUAACCAUGCAGAGAAUAGAUUUAUUUCUACAUACAUAUUUAGAACUCCAUAGACGAACUUUGCAGAUUCUACUUAGUGAUUCUUCCCAGUUUUUUUUGUGCCAUAGUUUGACACUGACACCUGUAAGUUUUCAUCUUACUGCCAUGCUAAUGUUGGGAGCUGGUCUGGAAGAAGCAGAUCAACACAAACAGCAAGUGCAAAGCUUAGUGGCAGGUGCCUUGUUCUCACUGCUUGGGUUCUGUAUACAAAUGGACUUUUUACUCAACAGUAGCAUAAUCAUGUUCCUCCCAGGUCCUUCUCCUGCCUUUUAUCCAUGCUUGCUGCUGCUGUGGCCUUGGGUAAGUCACAGUUUUUUUUGCAGCCAGAUCCUCAUCUGAUGUAAGUAGGCAUGAGUGUAGGAAGGCCAGCGCUCUGCCAGGUUGUAACAGCCAGGACCAGGACCUGUGUGUCUGUUCUCAUCCCAUUUUGGAAAUUGUGGUAUUAGCACUUACCUACCUCACAAAAAUGCUGUAAGGAUUAAUGCUUAUACAGCACUCAGAAGAUGUAAAGUGCUAUAUGUCUCAAAUAUUAAUGUACUGUAGUGAUAAAAAUACUUCUAGGCAUCUGCAGAAGCAUGGAAUGUGUUACUGCCUUUUUGAUUUGCAUUAGGCUGAAAGCAAAUGAAACAUAUUUAUUCAUACUGUCAAACAGGAUAGGCUCAGCUACACUUGAACUCUGUGGAGGUUUUAGCUUAAAAGUCUGAACUCUAAUCUCAGUUUUGCAAAUGGAUUUUAGUUUAUCUAAAAGCCUCAACCAAAUUCUUAGAUGUGAAUUGUGUAUCCAAAUUUUGCAAUCCAGUCUCAACCCUAUCUGUUAGCUAGAAUGAAUCUAAUCCAGCCAAAACACAGUGCUCUUACAGACUGCAACGGCUGUUGAAAAGAUUGGAACAGAAAACGAAGUCACUCUGUUUAACGUUCAACCUGCAGAAGGUCAGCUAGGUUUCAGGAUACAACUUAAAAAGGGAUGUUUAAUACUGUGAUUCUAAGUUUACUGGCUUUAAUAUCAGCAGAGAGGGAAGGCCUUGAUAGAAUCAAUAAGGUCGACACAUCCUCUUUGAAUUAUUUCCUUUUAACCUGAAACAAAGUAGUAGCAGGUUCUAUAGUGAAGGAAGCACUUGUGCCAUCAAUCCGAGGGCCCAGAACAAAAAGACAUCUAAAAAUACAGCUCUAAACCAUCACCAUGUACUCAAUGACUAUAAAAAUGCCACAGUUCACUGGAUUCAGAUCUGGACUACAGCUAGAAAUGACUUGGUUCUGGUAGCACUAGUUGCUGUAUAACACAAAUGGAAGUGAGAUGUUACCCAGGAAUGUGAACUGUGUACAUGUGAAAUGGACCAUAAUUUUGAAGCAGCUGCAGUAAAAUCUUAUCUUAAUAUGAACUCAGAAGCAAACACAAUGCAAAUUUUCAUUGUUUCUUUACAGCAUAUGAUGGAUUUUAGUUUUCUUAGUUUGGAGGAAAUGUUCUUAAUGUUAUUUUAUUUUUGCUCUUAUUGUAAAAAAUAAAAAUAUACGACUCUAGAUAGAUCACAAAUUAAAGAAGGUGGCCAGUUGGCAGGAAUGCCAAAAUUUCUGUGGCUUGUACUGUUUUUUGUGGUGACACUAUGCUGCUGUAGGAUGAGCCACUGGAGUGGUAUGAGGCUCAAAAGGAAGGCUGAAGCAUAAGGCCCACUGCAGACUCCCACAGUCAAUCUCAUGUCAGAGGGAUGCAGGGACCAAGCUGCCAAGAUUGCAGUGGGAGCAACGACUGGUCCCAUGUGGGGACAGACAACGUCAGGAAAUAGAAGAAAUCUUUUCCUGACAGCCAAAAAUCAAGAAAUCAAAUCCAGCCCAUUGCAUGAGAGCACCAAGUCAGUACAAGCACAUGGACUUAGACAUCACUCCUGCAGGCUUCUGCUGGACCAAAUCUCAUUCCCAAUUCAGCAGGGACAUCUUGUUCCAGGCCUACUGCGUGGGCAGGGCCAGGCCAGCAGGAACUAUUAAAGAAGAAUACAUUUGAAAACAAAGGAACCAACCCAAUCAACCAAUAACAACAACAACAACAAACAAACCAGAAACCAAAACAAGAACACAGAUGCCAUUGGGUAAGCAGUAGUUCUGCCUUGCUGAGACCACAGGAGUGACUGGUCUGUCCUGAAUACUAAGUCCAUGUCUUGUACAAUGUAAGCCUCUUACUCCGGCCCCUCUCCCUGCGUUCCAGACAGUGUGCUGAAAGUUGUGACCGAAGCAGCUGCUCUCCCCAAGGAGUCAGCAUUUUGCCAUGUGUGAAAGUCUCCAGCACUUACUUUCUUUACCAUGAUUGUAAAGGUCACCACAAGCAGUACGGCUACUUGAUCUGGGAUCUUUUCUUAACAUAUUUUUAUGCUGAUUUUACUGUUUUGAUUCUUUGUUUGGAAUGUAUUUUUUUUUCUCAUUUCUUCUGUGUGUAACAGCAAUUAAAAAUAUUAAUUUACUGGGUA